AUGCUUCGUCUCUCCUUUCUUUCGUUGAUUUAUGUCCUCGCCACCUUGCUCACCGUUCGCGCUGGGCCACUGGUCGAAAGACAGCUCUCGACACUCACUACUGCUCAGAUCAACUCGUUCAAUCCGUACGCUCUUUUCGCAAAGUCAGCCUAUUGCGAUCCUGCUACUACCCAAGCGUGGUCAUGCACCUCUUGCAGUCAACUGACCGGCUUCAAGACGGUAGCCAGUGGAGGGAACGGUGGAUCAGUGCAGUACUGGUAUGUCGGAUACUAUCCGACAUUCUCUUCCAUUGUUGUCGGCUAUCAAGGAACCGAUCCCUCAAAGUUUGAAGCCAUUUUGACCGACCUCAGUUUCAUCCCCAUCACCCCAUCGCAGUCUCUCUUCCCCGGUCUUCCUUCUGCCGCAAAGGUCCAUGGUGGUUUCCUCAACGCGUACACUGCCUCUCAGGCUGCCGUACUGGCCGCAAUCCAGCAAGCUGCGUCAACCUACGGGACGAAGAAGGUGACUUUCAUCGGACAUUCUCUGGGGGGUGCGCUCUCGGUCAUAUCUGCUGCGAGUAUGAAGUUGCGCCUGGGAUCAAGCUACACGUUCAAAGUGGUCACCUACGGGAGCCCCAGGAUUGGUGAUAGGGACUGGGCAAGUUGGGUCGAUAGCAACCUCGACAUCACCCGCAUCGGAAACAAGAAAGAUCCAGUUCCGAUCCUCCCCGGAAGAUCCCUCGGCUUCCAGCACAGCAAAGGGGAGAUUCAUAUCCGCAACUCGGACAGCGCGUGGGUAAACUGUCCAGGAAAUGACAACACCGCUAGUGGAUGCACGAUUGCGGAUACACCAAACAUCCUCGUCUCCAAUGUCAUGGACCAUCUUGGCCCAUAUAAUGGCAUCACCAUCGACGGCUGCUGA